UUUGUGUGUUGGGCUUUUAGAUUGAUUAUAGGGACAGGCAAACUGCAGUUCUCGACCAUCUGGAGUGUUCUUUUACCAAACGCGAGCCCGCUCAUGCCAAGCUUUUGACACACAAGGUUAUUGCUAUGGGUGACUUUAAUCCCGGCUUCCAAUUUGAUUUUGGGGACGGCGCGGCCGCCGCCCAGCCGGCAUGGGAGUUCGCGGGCGCCAUCCAGCAGUCCAAGCUGGACGGGCCGGUCCACGGCACCAGCAUCGACCACAAGAUCUCGCAGCGCUUGCAACAGCGCGGGGGAGCAGCGGCCAAUGGCAAGGCGGCGGGCGGCAAGGCUACGGCGCCAAGGGGUGCCGGCAAGCCAGCCGCUGCUGCGCAGGUGAACGGCAAGCGCAGCCGUGCGCAACGUGACAGCGAUGAGGAUGAGGACGACGACGAAGAGGACGACGAUGAUGAGGAUGAUGAGGAGGCGCCCCUACCGGGCGAGCUGGACGACGAUGACGAUGAUGAGGAGGGCGCGGAGGAGGAUGGCGAGGACGAGGAGGAUGGGGAGGACGACGAGGAGGAAGAGGAGGAAGAGGAGCAGGCGCAGCCUUCAGGGAAGCAGGCGCGGGCAAAGCAGCAGCAACAGCAGCAACAGCAACAGAAGGCGAAGGGUCGUGCCAAGCCGGAGUCUGAGGAGGAGGAGGACGACGGAGACGACGAGGAGGAGGGUGACGGCGCGGGGUCCAGUGGGGACGAUGAGGAAAUGGACGAGGACGAUGAUGAGGACGGAGAGGAGGAGGGGGACGAGGAGGAGGAGGAGGACCGGCGGCCGAGCACCAGCGGCCGCGGCGACAAGGCCGCGGCGGCCAAGGGCGCCAAGGCUUCUGCGGCGGCGGCUGGGAAGGGCGGCAAGGGGACCUUUUACAGCGAGACACCUGAGGGCACCAAGUUCAGCUCUGCCUCGUUCGCGGACCUCAACAUAUCGCGCCCGCUGCUCAAGGCGGUGGAGGCUCUGGGCUACAAGUCGCCCACGCCCAUCCAGGCCGCCUGCAUCCCGCUGGCGCUGGCGGGCCGCGACAUUUGCGGCAGCGCUGUGACCGGCAGCGGCAAGACCGCCGCCUUCGCGCUGCCCUUCCUGGAGCGGCUGCUGCACCGGCCGCGGGGGCUUGCGGCCACCUACGUGCUCGUGCUCACACCCACACGCGAGCUGGCGGUGCAGAUCCACUCCAUGAUUGAGAAGCUGGCCCAGUUCACCGACAUCAACGUGGCGCUCAUUGUGGGAGGGCUCAGCCUGCAGGUCCAGGCCAUCACGCUACGCCAGUCGCCCGAGGUGGUGGUGGCCACGCCCGGCCGCCUCAUCGACCACCUGCGCAACAGCCAGAGUGUGGGGCUGGAGGACCUCGCGGUGCUGGUGCUGGACGAGGCGGACAGGCUGCUGGAGAUGGGCUUCCGAGAGGAGGUGGCUGAGGUGGUGCGGGCGGCGCCGCGCAAGCGCCAGACCAUGUUGUUCAGCGCCACGUUCAACGACCAGGUCCGGGACCUGGUAGCGCUGUCGCUCAAGCAGCCGGUGCGGCUGGCGGCGGACGCAGCGCGCGCCGCCCCCAAACUGCUCACGCAGGAGAUCGUGCGGCUCAAGGGCCCCGCCGCCGCCGCCACCAAGGAGGCGGUGUGCCUGGCGCUGUGUGCGCGCUCCUUCGGCGACCGCGGCCGCACCAUUGUGUUCUGCUCCACCAAGACCAAGGCGCACAGGCUCAAGAUCCUGUUCGGGCUGGCAGGGCUGCCGCCAGCGGCCGAGCUGCACGGCAACAUGAGUCAGACCGCCCGCUUGGAGUCCCUGGAGUCCUUCCGGCGCGGCGACACGGCGUUCCUGCUGGCGACCGACGUGGCGGCGCGCGGGCUGGACAUCCAGGGCGUGGAGGUGGUUGUCAACUACGACGCGCCGCCCAAGCUGGAGACCUACCUGCACCGCAUCGGCCGCACGGCGCGCGCGGGGGCGGCGGGCGUGGCGGUGACGCUGGUGGAGGAUGGCGACCGCGGGCUGCUCAAGGAGCUGGGCAAGAAGGGCGGCUCGGGCGGCGGCGGUGUGGCUCUGAAGCAGCGGCUGGUGCCUGCGGCCGCGGUGGUCCAGUGGCAGUCUCGGGUGGAGCGGCUGGAGCGCGACGUGCGCGCCAUCCUGGCUGAGGAGCGCGACGAGGCGGACCUGCGCAAGGCGGAGAUGGAGGCCAACAAGGCCGUCAACAUGAUGGAGCACGAGUCGGAGAUCAUGUCGCGGCCCAAGCGCACAUGGUUCGUCACUGAGAAGCAGAAGCGCGAGCUGGCGGCGCGCAGUGCCCAGGCGGCCGGGGGCGAGGAGGAGGACGACGGUGACGACGACGAGGGCGGUCAGGAGGACGGCCGCGGCAAGAAGUCCAAGGCGGCUGCCAACAAGGCUGAAAAGCGCGCCGAGCGCAAGGCGGCGGCGGCCGCCGAGGCCAAAGACAAGGAGGCGGGCAAGCUCAAACGCGGCGCGCUGGACCCGGAGCAGAAGGCGCUCCAGCCCAAGGUGCGCUCCAUCAAGACACUGGCGCGCGAGCUGCAGCAGACCGAGGGCAUCACCGCAGCCAAGGCGGCCAAGAUCGCGGCGCAGCGGAUCACUGGCCUCAAGGCGGGCGGCAAGAAAAAGAAGAGCAAGAAGCAGAAGACGAGCGACGGCGGCGAUGGCGACGGUGAUGGUGGCGGCGGCGGCGGCGGCGCGCUCUUCAGCGGCGACGGCAUCAACACGGCGCGGCCGGGCAAGCUGUCGGUGGCGGCGGGCGGAGACAAGGAUGCAUUUAAGACAGUGGGCCGCUUCGGCGGCAAGCUGCGAAGCCAGCUGAGUAAGACGGAGCUAAAUAAGCUCAAGCGCCAGGGCAAGGGCAAAUCCAGCUUCAAGAGCAAGUCGCGAUUCAAGCGCCGUUGAGUUUGGGAGAAGCAAGGAGGUUGGAUUUGAGCGGGAUGGCUUUUGCGUGUUUUGAGAGGCUUAAGGAGGCUACGGGGACCGGGGUGAGCUGCACAGGUGAGCGGUGAGGUGGCGAGUAUGUCGUUGUUUGUUUGUAGGAGCGGUUCCAUGGGUGGAGGUCGGAGAGCUGGGCUGCCACGCCUGAGCGCGCCUGACGUCAGGCAUAGUCAGGCACGCCGACCGCUCGUCUUGCGUCGCUCCCCGUCCAGGGCGGAUUCAACGACAGGCCAGGCGGUGGCGAUCGUGUAACAAUGUUGGAGGUACUUGGCCAUGGCACAGUCAAGUAGGCGGGGUUUGGCACCGCCCGGCAAUGAUGGCAACAAAUCACGGCGGAGCUGGAAGCACGGCAUGCUGCUCUAGCAUAACACACAAGGUGUAACGGAGCGUAUGU